UAUCCUGCCAGAUCAGGCGAGGCUUUUUAUUGGAUUCCAGGCGGCCAGCUUUGCCCGUAUCGACUUCAAUGUCGCACCAGAUACUCCGAGAUCUCCGCUGUAUUUGUGCGAGGCGAGACCUUUUUUGGUGAAUUAGGUAGUCUUGGUCAAGACAAAAAGCGCCCAGAUGACGAGAAACUCGGCCCCUUCCAUCAUCAUUCGGAACCAGAGAUACAGCCGCACUGUCUAGCUGCCCGUUCAAGACCACAAGAAGGGCUUUCCCCCGAAAAAAAAGAAUGGAAAGAAUCGGAUUCAACGGCCAGCUCGGCAACAUGUCCUCUCCGUGCUGCAACCCCCCGCAUCAUCCAUAUCGAUGUGCGGAUGGCCGGUGUUGGACACCCCAAGGCUUUUUGUUUGGAUGGACCGAGGGCAAAACGUCUCAACAAAACUGAAAACUCUAGCUCUUAUCUUGCCCAGCAUCCCGGCAUCCAAAACGGUCUGGAUCUGCUGGCCAAAAAAGACUAA